AUGAUCUCCUGUGAUGGACGAGAAGGAAGUUCAGGCCAUCAGAGAGUGGGAGCCUCCUACCGACGGUAUCUGAGUGACGGUCAUUCCGUCGGUUUGGUGAAUGACUCUCGGCGGUUCAUCAAGGGAUUUUCUGCAAAAGCAGCGGAACUAUUAAAGAAUAACAAGUCGUGGGAGUGGACCAAGAGGUGCCAGAAUGCUUUCGAGGAGUUGAAGGCAGCUGUGACACAGGAGCCUGUUCUAGUCUUGCCAGACUUCGAAAAGGUGCUCGAAGUCCACACAGAUGCUUCCGACCUUUCCAUAGGAGGUGUGCUUAUGCAGGAGGGGCAUCCCAUCGCCUUCGAAAGCCGCAAACUCAAUGAUACAGAGCGAGGAUACAGAGUGCAAGAUAAGGAGAUGACAGCCAUAGAGCGAGCUGUCUUUGGCACAAUCUGUACUGUAGCCGGGAAAGCAGGAGUCAAGCUGUUCACAAGCAGUGGUUAUGAGCCGUAUCUCGCAUCUAAAGCCAAUCCAUUUACAAGUGAAAUCUUGCCCAACUCCAACUACAAGGAAAGAAAGGGUGAUCUCAUGGUAAUUGCACAAGGGAUAGAAAGAUCCCAAGAGACAACUAAUGUUGAAUGCAAAGAAAACACGCAGGAGGUGGGUAAGACACAUGAGAUAAGAGAUGGACGGUUGGUGAGGGGUCUAAAUUCUACUUUUAUAGCUCUUAUUCCUAAAGGGGGUCAACAAGAGCAAAUAUCAGACUACAGGCCAAUCAGCUUAAUUGGAAGUAUUUAUAAAUUGCUGUCAAAAGUCCUUUCUGUGCGUCUGAGUUCGAUGCUGCCAGUUUUGUUGAGUCAGAAUCAAUUCGCUUUCACAGAAGGCUGCCAGAUUGCAGAUUGCUCUUUAAUUGCUAAUGAAAUUGUCCACACCAUGGCUUCAAGGCCAGAAGGAGGUCUAUUAUUUAAAAUUGAUUUUGCUAAAGCUUAUGAUAAUGUUGAAUGGGAUUUUAUGCUAGAGCUUCUACAGGAAAUGGGUUUUGGGGAAAAAUGGAUUAGUUGGAUGCAGGUGUGUGUUUCAACAGCUUCUUUGGCGGUCCUGGUUAAUGGCUCGCCUUCUGAUUUCUUCAAUAUUCAGAAGGGACUGCGUCAGGGUGACCCUCUCUCACCUUUACUAUUUAAUAUUGUGGCAAACAGGAUGUCUUCCAUGCUUAAUCAGCUACUAGAAGGGGACGCACGAUGUGGAGUGGUAUUGGCGUCGGGGUCCCGCAUAAAUCAUUUACAGUUUGCAGAUGAUUCUUUGCUGUUUUCUGAUUGUGAUGAGCUUCAGUUCCAGACUUUGGCUAUGGCAAUUGAAGCUUACUUAUACAGUUCAGGUUUGAAAGUAAAUUUUAAUAAAUCAGCGGUGUAUGGGGUGAAUGUCUAUCCAUCUUUGGUACAACAAGCUGCAUCUUGGUGGAACUUUAAAAUAGGUACACUACCUUUCAUUUAUCUUAGGUCUCCAUUGGGUGGUAAUCCUAGAAGAUUGUCUUUCUGGAAUCCGGUGCUGGAAAAUAUGACUGCAAAAUUGGGUUUAUGGAGUUCCCGCUUUCUGACUUUAAGAGGGAGACUAGUAUUGAUCAAAUCUGUUCUGAAUGCUAUUCCAUUGUACUAUAUGGCUCUUUACAAAGCUCCAAAGGGGAUAAUCCAACGGAUAGAGAAGAUUAUGCGUCGUUUCUUAUGGGGAGGCCCUUCCGGUGAAAAUAAAAUCAUGUGGGUAGCAUGGGAAGACUUGUGUAAGGGUACCCGGUUUGGAGGUUUAGGAGUGGGUUUCCUUGAAUGGAAAAAUAAGGUGAUGCUUUUGAAGUGGGUGUGGCGGUUUAGUAGGGAGAGAGAUGCAUUAUGGAGGGAGGUGGUUUGUACGAAAUAUGGUUUACCACUCCAGCUGAUAUCUUUUAAUGUUGAUCCUGCUGAUGUGAAAAAAUUAUCUAAGCCUUUAGCAUAUGUGUAUGGUGUUUGGCGUGAUAGUGGGCUAGUGGACAAUGUUUUUAGGGAUGGGAUAGCUUGUCAGAUAGGGAGGGGGAGGGGUGUUUUUUUCUGGUUGGAUCUGUGGGUAGGCAUUGCGCCUCUUAGUGAGGCUUUCCCUCGGAUGUUUGCUUUGGCGGUGAAUAAGAGGGCAUUGGUGUGGGAGUGUGGCACGGUUGUAGGUCCUCAUUGGGGGGAGAGGGCGGAUACAGAUUCGCUCAUUUGGAAACAUGAUAAUAUGGGACUAUACAGUGUUAAGUCUAUGCCUGUAGUAGUGGAAGCCCGGUGGUUCACAGAGGAGGGAUGGUUUGUCCCUCAAUUCUUGAGGCCUGUUUUACCUUCAAAAGUUGCUUUAUUUAUGUGGCAGACAGAUGUGUUACAGAGGGAGGGCAUUACAUGGACUGUUUCAGAAUCAGUUUCGACUUUGCUGGCUGAAUGGAGUCUGUUACGCAAAACUACUUCAAGAAUUUUGUGGGAUUUGAUUCCUUAUGCAUUAUGCUGGGAAAUAUGCAUGGCUCGAAAUGAUGUGAUUUUCCAUGAUAAACUCUUUGAUGCAGAAGCCAUUUGGGAGUCUCACGUAUUUUUGUUAUUUACUUGGAUAAGAGCUUGGUGGCAAGAUUGUCCUUAUGAUGCAAAUCAGUUUGAAAGGGGUUUCAUAAAAAUUGAUUUACAUGCCAAGGGUAGUGUGCGGCCUGUCAUACCUUGGAAACCACCUCAAGGGACGACUUUGAAAUUCAAUGUGGAUGGUUCUUUCCAAUCAGGAACAGCAGGCAUUGGAGGGAUUUUGAGGAACAAUGCGAGGAAGGUGAUUGAGAAAUUUUCAAGAAAGGUGGAGGUAAAACGAGCGGAUGAGGCGGAGGUUUUGGAAAUCUUGUAUGCCUUAUUAUUUUGUCUGCAGUUCAUGGUAUGUACGGUUGAAAUUGAGAGUGACUCAAGUCUUGCUGUGGAUUGGGUGAGCGGGACAAAAAACAGACCUUGGAAUUUAACUAAUGAGUUGAAUAUGAUUGAUUAUUUAUCUCCAUUGGUGGCGUGUUGCGGAGUCUCUCAUAUAUUAAGGGAGGGGAACAUGGAAGCGGAUGAACUUGCAAAGGAGGGAUGCUCUCGUGAGGUGCCAAUUUGGCACUAUGAUGGUUUGCUGUUUUCUGGUGCUGCUGCUGCAGAUUUCUGUUGUGCUGUCGUUGCUGAUGCUAUUGUUGCUUCUGCUAAAACUUAA